CUCUUCCCUCUCCUUAUUUCUUCCUCUGCCCUUUCUGCUUCUCUACUUACCCCCUUCUUCUCCUUCGUCUUCUUCUUCUUCUUCUCUGGUAUUACUUUUCAUCUCCUGACCAAGACAGGCCGGGCAGCAUCCUUCUAUCGUUUUCUUGUUUCUACAGUUUCGUCGGAGCCUUUCUGCGACGGCAUUGAUGAGGAAAGGCACCAAGAGGAGGGCGGCCAACAAGGCCGAAUCUAAGAGCAAACCUGCUGAUAACCACAAAAGCGAAGAAGAGAACCACGAGGACCAGCAGGGGGCCAAUGCUGAUCCUCAGCCAAGUAAGAAUGAAGCACAGAGAGGCAGACCAAAGAAGGCUAAAGUUUCCAAGGAGGAAGAGGAGCCAGAGUACUUUGAGGACCAGCGGGAUUUGGAGGAUCUUUGGAAGGAGGUUUUCCCAGUUGGUACGGAGUGGGAUCAAUUGGACACGGUAUAUCAAUACAAGUGGAACUUUUCUGUUUUGGAAGAUGCAUUUGAAGAAGGUGGAGAUCUAUAUAAUAAGAAGGUCUACCUCUUUGGAUGCACUGAGCCACAACUGGUCCCUUUCCGAGAUGAAGCAAAAGUGACAAUGAUUCCUGUUGUUGUUGCUGUGGUAUCACCUUUUCCUCCAUCCGACAAAAUUGGUAUUAAAUCAGUUCAGAGAGAGACUGAAGAAAUUGUGCCUAUGAAGCAAAUGAAGAUGGACUGGGUCCCAUAUAUCCCACUUGGAAAGAGGGGCUCAAUGGUUGAAAGACUUAAAAAUUACCAAAUUUUCAUUUUGAGAUGUAAUCAGAGGAGGGCUGGUCUGAAGCACUUGAAAAUAGACCGUGUCAAGAAGUUCGAGUAUUGCUUACCUUAUUACUACAAUCCUUUUCAGGAAGAUGAAAUUGAACAGAGCACAAUAGUGGAUCUAUUAUUUCCAAUAGACCCCAAACCGGUUUUUGGUGAAUUUGAUUGGGAACUUGAUGAACUAGAGGAGUUUACUGAUAAGCUUAUUGAGGGAGAGGAAUUACCUGCCGAUCAGAAAGAACCCUUCAAGAAUUUUGUGAAAGAGAAAGUUCGAGAAGCUAAAAAGGCAAAUCGAGAGGCAAGGGAAGCCCGGAAAAAGGCACUGGCUGAAAUGAGUGAAGAAGCAAAGGCUGCUUACGAAAACAUGAAAUUCUUCAAAUUUUAUCCUGCGCCAUCUCCCGACACUCCUGAUGUGUCCAGAGUGAAGUCGGCGUUCAUCAACAGAUACUACGGGAAGGCUCACAAGGUCAUAUAAAAUGAGGUGUCGAAAACCACAUACUAUUUAAGGGAAACAUCUUUUAACCGAUGCCCGUUGUUACUGAUGAGUCAUGUACCGUAAAUUUCGGCUUGAAACUGGAGAAAAUGCACUAAAUGCCAUCAAUCGAGGCCUGGUAAUUAUUUUCAUCUUUCGUCGGUUCAAAGUUAAAUCUUUAAAAGAUUAGGAAGGUGAGAAUCAAACAUCUUUGAAUUCAAAAAACCAAUUUUGGAGAUUACUGAGUUGAGAUUACAUUCAUAAUUAUAAACAUUCCCUUUUGUUACCUGAAUGUAAUUCUUGAGGAGAGGAGAGUUAUUAAUGUUGUACUGUUAUAGCUAAUCCGACCUCUUACCUUUUCUGGAAAGUCUUGGGUUGUGUAAUUUUUGUAUUUUUGUUCGAUUUUUAAAUAUUUAAUUUUCAUUUAAAGUA